GUGUCUCCUCAGCGCUGGCCAUGGCUGCGCCGUGGGAAGACGUGCUGCGGGACGCCCCGGCCAUCCGGGAGGCAGCGGCCGUGGCCGUGGACGCGGCGCUCCUGCAGGGAGUGUUGAUGCGGACCGAGGGCGAGCCCAACGCCUCGGAUGUGGUGAACUUCGCUCCCUUCACGCUGCUGCCGUCCCCCGUGCCGCGCGCCCUGUUCCAGCAGGCCUAUGCUGUCCAGCAGGACUUCAACCUGCUGGUGGAUGCCAUCAGCCAAAACAAGGAGUUCCUGGAGCAAACCCUGGCCAGCACCAUCAAGGCAGAUGACUUCACAGCUCGACUCUUCAGAAUCCACACCCAAGUCUUGGAGGAAGGCUUGGCCCAGUCUGUGUUUCUAGGCAUCAACCGCUCUGACUACAUGUUUGACUGCGGGCCGGGCGGCGCGGCGCUGCGGCAGGUCGAGAUCAACACCAUCGCCGCCAGCUUUGGGGGCCUCACCUCCCACACCCUGCCUGUCCACCAGAGGGUGCUGAAGGUGCUGGGAAAGUCCAAGGAGGCCUCACAGCUGCUGCCCAACGACCCAUCCAAAGGGCUGGCCCUGGGCAUUGCCAAGGCCUGGGAGCUCUAUGGCUCUCCAAGUGCUGUGGUGAUGUUCCUGGUGGAGGAAGUCCAGAGGAACAUCUUUGAUCAGCGCUGUGUGGAAAAUGAGCUGUGGAACAGGAACAUCAGGGUCAUCCGGAGGCGAUUCAGGGACGUGUUUGCCAAGGGCUCCCUGGGGGAAGGCAGGAGGCUGUACAUGGAUGGCCAGGAGGUAGCUGUGGUGUACUACAGGGAGGGCUACGUGCCAAAGAACUACGACCAGCAGAACUGGGAGGCAAGGCUGUUGCUGGAGAGAUCACGGGCGGUCAAGUGCCCGGACAUUGCGACCCAGCUGGCGGGCACCAAGAAGGUCCAGCAGGAGCUGAGCAGGCCUGGCACACUGGAGAGCUUGCUGCCUGGCCGUGCUGAGGCUGUGGCUCGCAUCAGAGCUACCUUUGCUGGCCUCUACUCCCUGGACAUGGGUGCAGAGGGUGACGAGAUAGCUGCCGCUGCCAUCGCUGACCCUGACCGCUUUGUGCUGAAGCCGCAGCGAGAAGGUGGAGGGAACAAUCUCUAUGGUGAAGAGCUCAGGCAGGUUCUGGAGAAGAUCAGAGACAGCCCUGAGAGAACCUCCUACAUCCUGAUGGAUAAGAUCAAGCCACAGCCAGCACUGAAUUACUUGCUGAGGGCUCACAGCCCCCUGCAGCUGUCUGAGUGCAUCUCAGAGCUUGGCAUUUUUGGUGUCUAUGUCAGGCAGGGCAAGGAGAUGGUGAUGAACACAGCCCCUGGGCACCUGCUGCGGACCAAGGCCGUGGAGCACGCGGACGGGGGGGUGGCAGCGGGGGUGGCGGUGCUGGACACCCCUUACCUGGUGUGAGGAGGCACUGCCCCCUCCCCCCACCUCCCUGCUGCCCCCAGAGCUGCUCUGCCACGGGGAUGUUCUCCUGAGGGUGUGCUUGCCAAGGCCUGACCUGCUGGGGACUGAGGGACUGUGUGGGCACAACCGUGCCAGCGUCCCGCUGCCAGCUCCAGCUUCCACACUUCCUGCUGCAGGAAGGGGACUCUCUUGCUUGGCCUGCCCAGGAGGCCCUGCUCUGUGCAUCUCCCAGCUGGCACCAACCAGGACUGCACAGGUCUGGGUGUUCCCUUGGGGCCUGCCUGCAGGUACACCAAAGCUGAAGGGUGAGUGUGCCCCAGCAGGCAGCCACGCUGGUGCCAGAGCCCUGCUCCCUGCUGCCCCAUUAUUCCUGGAGACACAAACCCAAGGCCUGGG